AUGGCAGACGACGUGUUGGACUGGCUUAAGGACCAUAUCUAUGUUCCUAUCAUCGUUGGUAUUGUUGUUGUUGUGCUGAUCGUUGUACUCAUCUGGUGCCUUUGUAAGAGAUGUGGGUCAAGAUAUGACUACAGUGUAUUACGCAGUGAUAUGGAACUGCCACAAAAAAUGGAUCUGGAAAGACGAGAGCAGCAAAACAGUCUUCGAGACGAAGCUUGGAUGAACUGCAGUUUCUACAUGAGAUCACACCCCCAGUAUGACAGAGUUCAGCAGUUAGAGGAUAUGGGCUCUAGAUCUGACAAAUUUUGGUUCAGAGUACUUGACAAGAGAUCAAAGUCGGAGAAAAUUCUGGCAAUAUCACAAUUAAGUCCAAACAUGAUUCCUUCGUUUAACUUAACAACUAGCAAAAUACUGAAAGACCUACUAACUCUCAUCAAGCAUCCAUAUGUGUUUCCACUAUCAGAUGUAGACUUUGUGGUAGAUCAGCGUCUUGUUGUCACUGUCCAGCCUGUGUCUAAUCGGGGAUCACUGAAGGACUAUAUCUAUCAGUGUAGAUUCAAUGAGCAGUAUUCUGUAAAAUACAAAAAUCGGAGCCGAGGCCUUAGUGAGAGUCAAGUCCAGCUGUAUGGUCGACAGGUGCUGGAGGCCCUGAUCUUAUUGGAGGACAAAGGAUUCCCACCGCAUGGCAAUGUACAUUCUGGUAAUAUCAUGUUCACCAAAGAUUGCUGCAGACUUGGAAGUUGUGAAAACAUGUUUCUAGGAUUUUCUUCACGUCUCUACCCAGUUAUCAAGAAAAAAAUUAAGGAAGAAAAAGAUGUAGAUGUUAUUAGUUUUGGCCAUUUAUUAUAUGAGAUGUGUACUGGCGGUGAGUUGCCCACAGCCCACCCCAAACCAAACGAUCUGGAUAGAUGUACUAAUGAACAAGUUGAGAUGCUGAAUUAUAUAUUUAGAAAUGAUUCUGGAAAAUAUCCCAGUCUACAAGAUAUAUGUCAUCAGUCCUUUUUCCAAGUACACCUCCCAGAGUUGGAUAUAUAUAACCCAGCUCCUAUUAGUUUGUCAUCUCAAAUGAAGUCAUUACUGAAGGCAGUACGUAAAGGCAAGAUCCCCACUAAGAAAUCCAAAAGGAAACCUUCUGUGACAGCAGAGAAGAGAACUUCUACACCUUCUGACAACAGUACAACUCCCUCAUCUGGAGUACCACCCCCACCCCCACCCCCACCCCCACCCUCAGGGGUACCCCCACCUCCUCCUCCUCCCCCUCCUGCUGGUCCCCCUGUCCCUGGGCCUCCUCCACCUCCACCCCCACCAAGCUCCUCUGCCCCACCUCCAUCAUCAUCAGGGAGGACAGCUUUGCUCGGUGCCAUCAGACAAGGAACAAAGCUAAAGAAAACAGUGACUGUUGACAAAAGUGCCCCCAGGUUAUGA